AUGCCUAAGCAGGAAAAUGACUUCAUAUUACCUGACUUAGAUGCUAGAGAUGGUCCUCCAAUGCUUGGUUGUGGUGUGACAGAGGAAGACUUAAACAGAAAUGCCGUGAAAGAAGCUAGGAACAUAUGCGAUUUUUGUCAAAGAGCAUUUUUAAAAAAAUCUCAUUUGCGCAUGCAUAAAAUUUUGCACAGUCAUGAAAGACUUGAAUGCCAUGUUUGCUAUCUCCGUUUCGAAAAAGUGGAAGAUUACAACGACCACCUACUCUCGCACGAUAGGAAUUAUUCUUGCUUUAUCUGUGGAAAGCGAUUCAAAAGCUUCUCAAAUUUACAGAACCACAAAAAACUUCACACAGAUAUACCAUUUUUUAAAUGUGAUCACUGCUCCAAAGAAUUUACACACCAAGCAAAUUUAUCGCGGCACCAAAAAUUGGGUAUUUGCAAGAAUAAACAUGAUCUCACGUGUCCUGUCUGUAACAAGGUCUUUGAAAAAGCCUUCUUCCUGAAGAGCCAUUUAAAAAAGCAUACAACAGAAAAACCGUUUCAAUGCGAUUUGUGUUCUAUGUUCUUCAAGCAUAAGUCGACAUUGGCGCGGCAUAUCCAACUGCACAGUGGCGUACGCCCAUACUCAUGUACCUAUUGCAAUAAAACCUUCUCGCACAGGGGUUUAUUAGAGCCGCAUUUGCGAAAACACACCGGCGAAAAGCCAUUCCCGUGUCCCAGAUGCAGUAAAAAAUUCUCGCACAAACAUAACAUGCUGCGUCAUUUAGAAAGGCACGCGAAGGAGAAAAAUCUUAAAUGUCAAUUAUGUUUUAAAGUCUUUCCGCGCGAGAGUAGGCUUAUUUAUCACAUGCGAUCUCAUACGAAUAGCAAACCGUUUAAGUGCGACGUUUGUAGCAAGAAAUUUACACAUAAAUCCAAUGUAUUGAGACAUUAUUCAAGAAAACAUCCCAACGAAAAGUAUGAGCCGAAGUUCACCGACGCGACAGUCGCUAAACAAGUAUGGGAGAAACUAAUGAAAAAAUUAUCGAAAGAAGAGGUUCUAUGA